CUUCUAUCAGAUCUGCUGUUUUCAGAUAGUCAUGGCCCUGGCUCCAGUUACCUGCAUCGUUCUUGUGCUGCCAUUCCUGGUGCUCGCAGCUGUCAAUGCUACUCGCGUCGACAAUGAAGCAGAAACGAUCUUUGCGGGAGGGGUGGAUGCGACACAUGAUCCACGAUAUGUGUCUACUAUCCUGGAAAAAGAAGCACUAAGCAGCGUUGUGGGCGAAACUUACUGUUGCCUCAAGAACGGAUGGGGCUGCAUGCAGGAGUGCGAGAAAGGCAAAGAGUACCAGUGCUGCCUCAGGAAUGGGUUUGGGUGCAUGCAGAACUGUGAGACAUCCAAAAAGUACUCCUGCUGCCUCAAGAAUGGAUUCGGCUGCCUGUGGAAGUGCGAGGAUGGUGUGGAGCACUACUGCUGCGAGCGGAAUGGCUUUGGCUGCACCAAGAUGUGUCCCAAAACAGUCACUACUGGCAACCUGUAAACUGGAUAUGUACUGUGGCUCUGGAUAUGGAUGUAUGGGUUUGGCUGCCGCCAGAGUUUAAAUAAAAUGCUACUAUUAUACGCAGAGCUCUCUUGGCUCC